AUGGUUUUUGGAUGUUAUCAUUACAACGAAAAAGAUUGUUGCAAAUUCUAUCGCUUUCCAAUAAAUUUGAAAGAAAAGAAAAAAUGGAUAAAGUUGAUGAGAAGAACUGAUGAACCUAAGACAGGGGCUCGCGUAUGCAGCUGUCACUUUGUAGAGGGUAAAAAAGAAAAUGGACCAACAAUCCUACCCCAUCGUCCUCAUCAGUUUGGUACACAUCACUUGACACCUGAGAAAAAAAAGUUUCGUAAAACCACACAGACUAUAUCACAUAAUAUGCUAGAAUUGGUAGAUAUUAUGGCAGAUGAUAGARUAUUGUGUGAGAACAGUGACAUAAUUAAUCCAAUUGAACAUGAUAUUAAUAAUGAACCACUAGAUUUAUCAAUGCAACCAAUAUUGAAUUCAAGUUCUAAGUUGAACGAUAGAAUAAAAUUUAACUAUGCAAAUUUGAAUCAAAAUGAUGAGCUGUUAAACUCUUACACUGGUUUACCUUCAAACUCAGUGUUUCAAGCACUUAAUAAUUUAGUAAAACCAUUGAACAUUGAAUAUCAUUUAAUGUGGUCUGUGGAAAGCAUCAGCAAAGAAGAUCAAAUACUCAUAACCUUAAUGAAGUUGAGGCAUAAUUUUCCACAUUUUGAUUUAGCAGUCAGAUUUAACUGCACAUUAUUUAAAAAAUGCAUGAGUAAAAUACCAUCUAGAGAAAAAAAUAAAUUGUGUAUGCCCAAUGUAUUCAAACCAUUUUUAAAUUGCYGAAUUGUUAUUGAUUGMACUGAGAUUUUUACUGCUGUUUCUCGCCAAUCCAUGAAUAUCCAAAAUGACACAUACAGCAAUUAUAAACAUAGGAAUACUUGGAAAGCAUUGAUAGGAAUCGUACCAAACGGUGUAGUUACUUUUGUGAGUAAACUAUUCCCUGGGUCAACUUCUGAUAAAGUAAUAACUUUAAAAAGUGGACUUUUGGAACAGCUAGUGCCAGGUGAUUUGAUUCUAGUAGAUAAAGUGUUUCUAAUUAGAGAGAUAUUACCCUCGGGAGUAUCAUUAAAUAUCCCUCCAUUUUUAGACACUCCACAAUUUACUCCUGAUCAAGUACUACAGACUGAAACAAUAGCAAAAGCCAGAAUACACGUUGAAAGAGCAAUUCAAAGAAUUAAAUGCUACUCAAUACUAGAUGUCAUUCCUUUUUCGAUGCUUAAACAAGCAGAAAGUAUUUUUCAAUUGGUUGCAGAGUUAACAAAUUUGCAGCCUCCCCUUAUUAAAGAAAUUCAAACCCACAUGUGA